AACCGCGACACCUGGCACAGCGUGAUGGUGCGCAUCGACGUGACGGCGGCGCGCCUGCUGGCCCGGGUGGACAACCGCACGGAGGAGACCAGCAUCCUUGGCCUCAAGCCGGGCUACGGCGUCACCACGGACCUGCCCUCCGUCGUCCUCAUCGGCGGCCUCAGCCCGGAGGAGAAGCUGCACGGCGUCAAGUACAUCAUCGAGUCGUUCGUGGGCUGCAUCAAGGACAUGCGGCUGAGCGCGGGUGGCAGCACCGGCGCGCUCGAGCCCAUCCGGCCGCUCGUGGCGAGCAAGCACGACAACGUGCAGGAGGGCUGCAUUAACAAAUGCCGAACUCGCGAGAAUCUGUGCUUCGUGGGCAGCCACUGCAUCAACCACUACCAUGAUGUCACCUGCGACUGCUACGGCACCGAGUACGAGGGCGAGCGAUGCGACAUCUACACGGCGACAGUCCUCACCUUAAGAGGUUCGUCUUUCGUCUCUUACCGCAUCUACGACUGGAAGGACCGAGUGCAUUCGAACGUCAACCGCAUCAGCCUGUUCUUCAAGACGCGUUUCGACGACUCGGCCCUGUUCUACGCGAGCGGAGAGACCGACCGCCACCACCACAUCGCCGCGUCCAUCGUCAACGGGUCGGUCGUGGUGGAGAUGGACUUCUGGGCGGGGCCCUCCAUCGUGACGCACCUCAAGACCACCGUGACCAACAACCACUGGCACAACCUGACCAUCUACCACGUGCGCGACCGCGUGCACAUCUCGCUCGGCUCGGAGAAGAGGGAGAUCUCGCUGCCGGGCACGCAGCACUUCCUGCAGAUCGACCCGGAGAUCUACAUCGGCGGCGGCCCCGAGCUCAACAAGAAGCGGGGCCUCCUGUCCAACAACAACUUCGCCGGCACGCUCAAGUACGUCUUCUUCAACGAAGUCUCGAUCCUGUACGAGCUCAAGAAGGGCAACCCCAAGGUGCACUACAUCGGCGUGCUCGAGCCCGAGUUCUACGAGGCCGACGUCGAGAUCAUCCCCCUCACGUUCCCUUUCCCUUCGUCGCACAUCUGGUGGCCGGCGAGCAACGUGCACAACAACCUGUCGCUGUCUUUCGAGUUCAAGAGUUACCGCAACAUGGCCGUGCUCGUGUCCUCCAACGUCACCACCGCAGCGGGCACCGGCUACUGGGAGGUGCGAGUGGUCAACGACCAGAUCCGCUUCGAGCUCAUCCCGGAGGUGGGCAAGAACGUGACGCACCUCACCACCGUCACCUUCGACUCGCGAGCCAACUGGCACAACGUCGACCUUUCCUACUCCAAGGGCGAGGUGAAGCUCACCGUGGACUACCGCCACAAGCAGUCCCAGCUGUUCGGCCUGGAGUUCACGAUGGGCGACCGCGUCAUCAUCGGGAGCGCGCUCGGCAGCAAGGCCAACACUGGUCUGGUGGGCUGCAUGCGAUCCGUGGCGGUGAACGGCGUGCCGCUGGAGCCGCGCUACGUGGUCCGCACCAAGCACACCGUGGGCACCGUCUCGCUGGACAACUGCCAGCUGGUGGACCCCUGCACGAGGCCCAACGCCUGCGAGCACGGCGGCAAGUGCUCCGUCAAGGACGACCGCGUCACCUGCGACUGCAAGGGCACGGGCUACAUCGGCAAAAACUGCCACUUCGCCGAGUUCCGCAAGACGUGCGAAGAGCUUGCACUGCUGGGAUACACCAAGCCCGAUGUGUAUCUGAUUGAUAUCGAUGGUAACGGUCGCUUCCCGCCCGCCCACGUCAAGUGCGAGUUCCAGUCGGAGGAGGACGCCACCAAGACCAUCGUGGAGCACAACCUACCGAGCCAAGUGGACGUGCGCGGAGCCUCCGAGUCAGACUUCAGUUUCACAAUCAAGUACCGCGAGUUCAGUUCCGAGAUGCUGCAAGAGCUCAUCUCGCACUCGCUGUACUGCUCGCAGUACAUCAAGUACGACUGCUACAAGGCACCGCUCGACCUCCACUCGGCCACCUGGUUCAUUGGCUCGGCCAAGAACGGCACCGUGGACUACCUGGGCAACGUCAAGCGAGGCGCCUGCCCCUGCUCGACCAACCGGACCUGCGUCAACCCGGACCAGUCGUGCAACUGCGACAUCUCGGAGAGCAAGUGGCAUUCGGACGAGGGCUACUUCGGCACGCCCAGCUCGCUCGGCAUCACGGAAAUGGUGUUCCUGCAGCAGAAGGACCUGGACGCGGACGCCCUGGGGAGGAUCACCCUGGGCCCCCUGGAGUGCGUCGAGACAAACACGCAGACGUACGUCGUGACGUUUACCACCAGCCAGUCCUACAUCGAGGUGCCCGGCUGGCGUAAGGGAGACAUCGCCUUCAGCUUCCGGACCACAGGAGAGAACGCCAUCCUGCUGUACCAGCCGCCCAUCCGGCCUCACUUGCCGUCCUUCAUGGUGGCGCUCACCAGCGACUUCAAGCUGACGUUCAACUUUACGCUCAACACUGGCCGCUCUCGUGAGCUGGAGAUCAAGUCGCAGCGCCGUCUCAACUCUGGCGAGUGGCAGAAGAUAUGGAUCGACUACAACGAGCACCACGUCCGCUUCAUGAUCAACACCGACUACCAGAUGGUGGACCUGAUGCCCGAGGAGGAGUUCGGGCCGUUCGAGGGCAGCAUGUUCAUCGGCGGCGCCACCGAGGACCUCCUAAAGAAGAGCUCGAUCUCCCAGGGUCUGAUUGGCUGCUUCCGCGGUCUGGUCGUCAACGGCGAGGUGCUGGACAUUUACUCGUAUAUGAGUGUGCACCUGAGCGAGAUCAUCAAGGACUGCAAGCCGAGCUGCGACCCGAACCCGUGCAAGAACGGAGCGCAGUGCAAGGAGCUGUGGUCCACUUUCGAGUGCGUCUGCGAGAACCCCUGGGCGUACAUCGGGCAGUAUUGCGAGACCAAUAUUAACGUGAACGCUAUGACCAUGAUCCACCGCGACACGUACAUGAAGAAGAACUUCCUGUUCAACAACACGGAUGCCGAGAAGUCGCUGCUGAAGCGAAUGCUGUCUGAAAACAUCCUAAUCAACCUGAGGACGUACGACGCCAACUCACUCGUCCUGUACGCCAACGACCACCUCAACAACUUCGUUCACUUAUACAUCCAAAAUAAGAAGACCCUCGUGUUCCUCUUCAACUCGGGCAACGAAAUCAAGCGUAUUGCCGUACAGUACCAAGGGCUCAACAGCGGGAAGUCGGUGCAGGUGGCCAUCAUCCGCAAGGGCGGCGAGCUGACGAUGCAUGUGAACGACCGCAACGCCACUGUGCAUGCGCCCGUGCUGCUGCUCACCGAGUACCGGAACAAGCCCUGGUCCAACCCGGAGAAGGAGGUGCUGGCCCCGCAGCGCCCUCCCGCCCCGCCCACCGAGUACUUCCACAUGAAGCUGGGCGGCAUGGAGGACGAGACGCUGCUUCGGGUGAGCCCCGAGGCUCAACAGCUGACGGGCUUCAUCGGGUGCAUCCGCGGCUUCAAGAUUGGCGACACCGUCUACGACCUGAAUGCCAACGCGGCCAACCCAGUCGAUAUCGUGGGACCCGUAGGCGUGAUUGCCGGUUGCCGCAUGAAGUGCGAUGAGGAGCCCUGCAAGCACCAGGGCAUCUGCAUCGAGGACUUUGCCAAGGGGGAGAGCUCCUGCAACUGCGAGCACACGUCGUACUACGGCGAGUUCUGCGGACAAGAAAAGGGUGCGGACUUUGGUGGCGAGUCGGUGCUCCUGCGCAACUUUACGCUCGAGGGAGAGGUGAACCAAGUCAAGGUGCAGCUCGCCUUCUCGUCGAGCGACGCUCGCCACCGCAGCACGUCACUGCUGCUCAUCCAGACCGAGAAUAGGCGCAGCUACUACCUGCUGGUGGCCAUCUCCGCCGAGGGCGAGCUCAUCUUCCAGGAGGACCGCGAGGGCACGGCCACGUCGGUGGGCGCGCGCAUCAAGGACCGCAACUUCCUCAACGGCGCGCGCCACUCGCUCUACUACAAGCGCGACGGCAACGCGGCGCGGCUGCUCAUCGACCGCGAGCCCGUCGACCUGCAGCCCAUCUCGGUGCUGAGCUUCACCGAGGACAAGGACGCGAGCAACCGCGUGAGCGACGCCGUGCACAUCGGCGGCCUCAAGACGAGCGACCCGCGCUUUGGCGCCUACACGUCCUACAGCGGCUGCCUGUCCAACGUGUUCGUCGAGGUGAACCACCAGAUGAUGAAGCCGGUCGACGAGUACAUGGCCUUCAUCAAGAACGGCUCGGAGAAGGUGCUGGUGAUCACGCCGCAGGGCGUACGCAGCGCGCAGUGCUCCAACUUCGACGUGAUGCACAAGCCUCGGCCGAGCCCGUCCCUCAACAGCAGCCUGCUCAGCGUGGGCAGGGACAAGGCCUGGGUGGAGGACCCUCCGAACCGCGUGCCGUACAAGUCGCAGUACUCGGACGCGUCCACCGUCGAGGAAGGGUUCGGCAAGAUCGUGUUCAUCGUCCUCACGUCCAUCUUCGGCAUCGUGCUGCUGGGCGUGGGCUACGACCUGUACCGUACGCAGCGCAACUACCGGCGGCGCAAGGAGGCCGAGCAGGCCGCCGCCAUGCUGUGGCACAACCCGCCGCCGCUGCUGCCGCCCACCGCGCCCUCGCCCUACAAGGCGCGCCAGCAGCAGCAACAGCAGCAGAAGCAGAACGGCUCCGCCGCCAAGCCCCUCAUGAAGAGCGAGCCCACCAGCCCCAUGCACGUGUCGCCGCCCGUGGCGCCGGGCGCCGGCCAGCAGAACGGCGGCAAGCAGAUCCGCUUCCAGGAGGACCGCACGGAUCGGGAGCUGCAGUGGGAGCCACUCAACGACGAGGAGACCAAGCUGCUGGACCAGGGCAACGGGGUGCCGGGGGGACUCGACUCAAGGAACAAGUUUCCACCGAUUCACGAGGACGAUCACGACUCUGAAGAAGUGUCAGAGCCAGCUCAGAGCCAGGAGGAGGAAGAGGACGACGAGGCCUCGAGCCCCGCCGCCGCGGGCGCCGUGGGCCCGCUCACCAAGCGGCCUGUGCAGGCCUUCCCCUCGCGCGGCGGCCCACCCGGGCCCGGGCCGCAGAAGGCCGCGCCGCCCAUGCCUGUGUACCUCGCGGAUAACGUGCGGACUUUCGCCAAUCCGAUUAGCUAUUUGGGCGGCCCCCGCCUGCUGUCCAACAGCAGCGCGCCGCGAACGAGCAAAGAGUCGGUGCUCUCCCUGGACUAGGCAGCGCCACAGCGCUGCCCGUCCUGCGAACUGAUAGAAUCAAUUUUAAUAAUUUAGUUCUUUUGAAUUUGUGAUGAUUGUCCUCUCGUGGUGACUGGUGACCCCUUUCAAGACUCGACGCGGAGCAAGUUUGGCGUGCCUGCAGAAGAGAAACAACUACCUCAUCACUCCAGGGUACAACAUUACCCAUGUGGACGGGCAAAUUUAGCUUAAGUUUAUGAUAAAGUUAAAAUACGUCCGAAACAAUCGCAUUCACGCGUGUUUACCAGAAAAGAUCGUUCAAGCAGUUUUCCUGUCUAGUCUGUAAACGAUUGAUAAAUGGUUGUGCUGGUUAGUAUUUCCUAAAUGGUAUUGUGACUGAAAACAAAAUUGUAAUUGAUAUGUGUAUGGAAGAAGUGGGUAAAAACCAUGGUAUGCGGGUCUAGGGAUUAUCCAGAAAGUACGCCCGCCAUUCACCGAUAAAAACCAGCCAAGUUAGGCCCAAGCCAGCUCUUAUAGCCAUAGCGCCUUAUUGGUAGGCAACAUCUUGCCUGCAGGAGGGCACGCGUGUACUGCGGGGUGGCCUACCCCGAGCUUCGCAGGCGACGAGCUCCCGUAACUUGCCAUAUGAAUCUGAGAAAAACGGACGUACUUUCUGGACCACCCCCUAUAUACCAAGGAAGGGAGUAACUUGGGACCAACGUAAUUCUAGUUUAAUUCUUUUCGAAGAAAGUGAUUUCGAUUUGGCCGGGUCGGGUACGGAUCCGGCUGACCUCUGAGAGGUGGGCGGUCUAACUAUGCUUUUUAACUACUUCAGGCUCAGGCCUGUCGCACAAAUUGUUCCCAUCCAUCGAACCAUAAAGGACCUAAAAGAAGGUUUACUGUAUACUUUGCUGUAAAACGUCACCUUCUGUAAUCUGGUGGAUUUGACGUCUAGAAACUAUUAAUGCGUGUCAUACGCCAGUUAAGACAAGAUAUACGUGAUGAAAGACAGAAGUAAUUUUCAGUAUGUAAAUACUUAAUAACCACUGUCCAAAGAUUCCAUGUUUUCGCUUGUUCAAUGGAUGUUUUUUUUUCGUAGAAAAUGUAAGAAGCGUAUUUAUGUUUGUAGUGUACUUUAGUUUGAUAGUCUCUUUGUUAUAACUUACAGUUGUAACCUGAUGCUAGUCGCUGCAUUUGAAGAUAAGUUACGAGGCUGGAAUAGAUCUGUCAAUCUACAUCGUUCCGUUUUGUGGCAGACUCCCCUUUGUCUAGUUAAUUAUUACUUCUAAUUGAAAAUGUAACAGGGGUAAGUUUUAAAACUACAAGUAAAAUAAACAUUUGCAUUCUCCCUACCCCUAGGCUCACAGUUUUUGGUUCCUUAUACUUAUUUCGAGAACAAUGUAAACGAAAUCGGCUGUGUAUGCUCAUACAGCAGUUUUAAAUUUAAUAAAAGUAUUUGUAUGAAACACACACA